AUGAUAAAAAAAAUGGUCUCAAAGUAUUUGUUGGACUCAAUGGAUAGGUUUGGCGACGAUUUGUGUGAAGUAUUGUUAGUUAUCUGUCAUUUGAGGACCGAUUCCGGUGUGAAUGUGUGUCCACUCAAUGGCAACGAUUGGCAUUCAAUACACAAAAUCAUAUAUCAAUCGGUUAUGAAAACGCAUUCCAGUCAUUAG